AUGGAGGACGCAUACGUCCGUUCGGUGCAGGACGUCCUGCAACAAUUCAAUGUUGUCCAGCAGUCCGGUCUAUCGGACACUGCAGUACAGAAGUCGCGUGAGGAGCACGGCCGCAAUGCUAUCCCCGAAGAUCCACCAACGCCGAUAUGGGAACUCAUCCUAGAACAGUUCAAAGACCAGCUUGUUAUCAUCCUCCUCGCCUCCGCCGGAAUCUCAUUCGUAUUGGCUCUAUUCGAGGAAGGCGAAGGUUGGACUGCAUUCGUGGAUCCCGCCGUCAUCCUGACCAUUCUGAUCUUGAACGCUGUCGUUGGUGUGAGCCAAGAGAGCUCGGCGGAGAAGGCCAUUGCGGCCUUGCAAGAGUACAGCGCGAACACGGCCAAGGUGGUGCGCAAUGGCAAGGUACAACAUCUCAAGGCAGAGGAAUUGGUUCCUGGCGACAUCAUCGAUGUGGCUGUGGGCGACCGCAUCCCGGCUGACUGCCGGUUGUUGAGUAUUGAGAGUAACAGCUUCCGUGUGGAUCAAUCCAUUCUUACAGGAGAAAGCGAGAGUGUGGGCAAGGAUACGCGCGCGAUCAAGGAUACUCAAGCUGUGAAGCAGGACCAGAUCAACAUGUUGUUCUCCGGUACUACCGUCGUGACUGGUCACGCACACGCCGUCGUUGUCCUCACUGGGCCUAACACUGCCAUUGGCGAUAUUCACGAGAGCAUUUCCGCGCAAAUCUCCCAGCCCACUCCACUCAAGGAGAAACUCAACGAGUUUGGUGACACGCUCGCCAAGGUCAUCUCCGUCAUCUGUAUUUUGGUUUGGCUGAUCAACAUUCGCCAUUUCAACGACCCCUCUCACGGCACCUCUUGGACCAAGGGCGCCAUUUACUACCUCAAGAUCGCCGUAUCGCUCGGAGUGGCGGCCAUACCUGAGGGACUGGCAGUCGUGAUCACCACUUGCUUGGCCUUGGGAACUCGAACAAUGGCCAAGAAGAACGCCAUCGUGCGCAGCCUGCCGUCUGUGGAAACGCUCGGCAGCUGCAGUGUUAUCUGCUCCGACAAAACCGGUACUUUGACUACUAACCAGAUGAGCGUCAAUCUCUUGGUCCACUUGAACGAGGCAGGAUCCGGAGUUGAAGAAUUGGACGUGGAAGGCACCAGCUUCGAGCCACGGGGACAAAUUACAAAACGUGGAAAGCCUGUGGCAUCGCCAGCCGCCAGCUCUCGAACCGUUGCGAGCAUGAUCGAAAUCGCUGCUCUGUGUAACGAUGCCGAGAUCACCUACGAUGAGAAAUCCCGAUCAUUUGGAAUUGUGGGAGAAGCCACUGAAGGUGCUCUCCGUGUGCUCGCCGAAAAGGUCGGCACACCUGAUGCUAAUCUUAACGCCCGUUCGGCCAAUGCGCCCCCUCAACAGAACCUCAACGCCGCCAGUGAUCACUAUGCUGCUCAGGCUAAGAAAUUGCGCACAUUCGAAUUCUCACGCGAUCGCAAGAGUAUGUCGGUUCUCGUCGAAGGCGGCAAACUGCCUCGUCUUCUCGUCAAGGGUGCUCCGGAGUCGAUCUUAGAACGGUGCACUUCAGCGAUUGUGGGCAGCGAGGGCAAGCAAAUUGCGAUGAGCGGAAAGUUGUCUUCUUUGCUCAGCCAGCAAAUCUCCGCAUACGCGAACCGUGGACUUCGUGUCAUCGCCUUGGCCAGCAUCGACAAUGUCACAUCACCCCUCUCAACCUCUGCGAAAACGAACGGGGAGUACCAGCGUUUGGAGCAGGGCAUGACCUUUGUCGGUCUCGUGGCCAUGUUGGACCCGCCGCGACCAGAAGUGGCCGAGAGCAUUCGGAAAUGCCGAGCGGCCGGUAUCCGCGUCGUGGUGAUCACCGGUGAUAACCAGACCACCGCGGAGACCAUUUGCCGUCAAAUUGGUGUCUUUGGCCCGAACGAGGACCUGGCUGGAAAGAGUUUCACCGGACGUCAAUUCGAUGAUCUUUCCGAGAGCGAGAAACUAAAGGCAGCCAAGACCGCUUCGCUCUUCUCCCGCACCGAGCCCACGCACAAGUCCAAGCUCGUCGAUCUACUACAAUCUGCCGGAGAGGUGGUUGCGAUGACGGGUGACGGCGUUAACGAUGCUCCCGCACUCAAGAAGAGCGACAUUGGUGUGGCCAUGGGCUCAGGAACGGACGUUGCCAAGUUGGCCGCCGACAUGGUCCUUGCCGACGACAACUUCGCCACCAUUGAGUUGGCUGUCGAGGAAGGUCGUGGCAUCUACAACAAUACGCAACAAUUCAUCCGCUACCUGAUUUCGUCCAAUAUCGGAGAGGUGGUUUCGAUUUUCUUGACGGCGGCAUUGGGCAUGCCCGAGGCUUUGAUCCCUGUCCAGCUCCUUUGGGUCAAUUUGGUUACUGACGGUCUCCCGGCUACUGCGCUCAGCUUCAACCCCAAGGAUCACGAUGUCAUGAAGCGACCGCCGCGUAAGCGUGAUGAGCCGCUCGUCGGUGGCUGGUUAUUCUUCCGCUACAUGGUCAUUGGUACAUAUGUCGGUCUGGCCACCGUGGGUGGAUACGCGUGGUGGUUCAUGUUCCACGAGGGUGGUCCACAGAUCACCUUCUAUCAAUUGAGCCACUUCCACCGCUGCUCGACUGAGUACCCGGAAAUCGGCUGCUCCAUGUUCACCGACGCUUCCGCCCAAACCGCCUCGACCGUAUCCCUCUCCAUCCUCGUCGUCAUCGAGAUGCUCAACGCCAUGAACGCCCUGUCAUCAUCCGAAUCCCUGCUCACGCUACCACUCUGGCGCAACAUGAUGCUGGUCUACGCGAUCACGCUCUCCAUGGCCCUCCACUUCAUGCUCGUCUACACGCCUCUUUUGCAGGGUGUCUUUGGAAUCGUCCCGCUACAGUGGCCCGAAUGGAAAAUCGUGCUCGCGUGGAGCGCGCCGAUCAUCCUCAUUGACGAGGUGCUCAAGUUCCUCGAGCGCAGCUUUUUCAUGGCAACGACGGACAAGCCGAAUCGCAGCAGCAGGACGAAGAGCGAUUGA